CGUCCACCGCCGCGGAGGCCCAAAUAUAUCUCGCCGCGGCCAUUAGCCCUAGCCGCCGUCCGCCGCCUUCCUCGUCGCCGUCGUCUCCAGCUCUCCGCGCGCUGCCUCCGAGAAGCGAGGACAGCCUUCGUACAUCACCUACGUGAAAGGUUAAAGUCCGACAGCAAUGGCGAAGCAUCAUCCUGAUCUCAUCAUGUGCCGGAAGCAGCCUGGCAUCGCGAUUGGUCGCCUGUGUGAGAAAUGCGAUGGCAAAUGUGUCAUCUGUGACUCAUACGUGCGCCCAUGUACGCUUGUCCGGGUCUGCGAUGAGUGCAAUUAUGGUUCAUUCCAGGGAAGGUGUGUGAUCUGCGGAGGAGUCGGCAUCUCAGAUGCUUACUACUGCAAGGAGUGUACCCAGCAGGAGAAGGACCGGGAUGGUUGUCCCAAGAUCGUCAAUCUCGGAAGCGCCAAGACAGAUCUCUUCUACGAGCGCAAGAAGUAUGGUUUUAAGAAGAGAUGAUCUGAGAAGAUGGAGCUGUGUGUGGUUCUCUUUAGCUGUGUGUUCUGUUCUAUGGCACUGAGUACUGAUACUGAGAGUAGGUAGCUGAGGCAGCAGCUUUGUAUUCCUGUUAUGAUUUGAUAAUUGAUACUGAUGCGAGAAUACAGCUCUGAUAAGUUGAUAUGCGUUGUAAUAACUAGUUCAACUGUAUGGUGUAAGAGACUGUUUAUGUAAGUCGUGCUUGAUGGUAUUGGCCAUGAAUGGACUUGAAAUCUUGGCAUGACCUUUGUCAUCA